CGAGAAAUGCGCGGGAGUGAACCACGUGUUUUGAAGAAGAUUGUAAACAUUGGAAAACGCCAUCUGUCAUCGAGUGUAAACAUGCCAGGAAAAGUUCGAGGGGUUAAAAGGAAGAGAGAUACUGAGGUGAAACCUACUAAAGAAAAAGCAUCAAACAACACAACUCAAACCAAAACUGAACAAAAAGCAACAUCAAGCUAUACACACUGGCUGAUGAAAUCUGAGCCCGAAAGUCGUAUAGAAAAAGGAGUUGAUGUUAAGUUUGGUAUUGAGGACCUGAAGGCCUGUGAGAAUCAAACAGCUUGUUGGGAUGGAGUGCGUAAUUACCAGGCAAGGAACUUCAUGAGGGAUGGCAUGAAACUUGGACAGAAAAUGUUUUUCUAUCAUAGCAACACAAAAGUCCCGGGCAUCGCUGGUAUUUGUGAGAUAGUGAAAGAGAGUUACCCGGACCACACUCAGUUUGACUCCAAAGACAUCCACUAUGAUGCGUCUGCCAAAAAGGACAGUCCAAGAUGGUUCAUGGUUGAUGUGAAGUUUGAGAGGAUGCUGAAGAGAUUCAUCCCACUGGCAGAACUGAAGCAGUUGUAUUUAAAACAUAAAGACUGUGGCGGUCCCCUGUCAAAGCUAGCCCUUUUUACAAGGGCCCGUCUCUCUGUACAACCCCUUACAACAGAGGAGUGGGAUUUUAUUUUGAGUUUGGAGGAUGAAGAUUCAGAUUCAUGAGCAAGUUAAAAUGGAUUUAACUUGGUUGACAGUCUGUCCAACAACAGCUGGUUACAAUGUACAUUCUCUGCAUGCAGGCGACUUUGAAAAUCACCAUAUUUACAAUUUUUAUUGUAACAUUCUCUCUGAAAUUUACCAGACAAUUUCAUCUUUUCAAAGAACUAAAAAAUAAUCCUUUGAAUUUGAUGGAAUAUUCAUUUUCAAAACAUUGGGAUAUUUUAGUAUAAUAUUCGUCUGACCAGGGUUGUCCUGUCUGUUGAAACAGGGACAACCAGAGGAAGUGAUUGUGUUUAAUGUCAAACAAUACACAGAGAGCUCUUUUUUCUCAGAACAUUCAUAGAAUUAUAUAUAUAUUUCACAAACCCUGAAGCCAACUCGAUUUGCACUCUUCUCCUUCUAGAAUAUAUCUUCCGGUCACUCAAUUUGUAGCUCUUCUACUUCUGGAAGAUCUUCUAGCUCUUCUGUCUCGAAGCUGGAAUAUUUAUCUUCCAAGAUGGCGGCGACAAUGUUUUAAGUGUGCGAGUUUCACUAGAGAAGGAUAUAUGACACAUACAUGCAUGUGUUUGUGUCAUAGUGUUUGAGAAAACUUAAAAACUUGUUUAUUUUGGGUUAUGUUCUUCCAGUUUAUUCAAUUUACAUAAAACAGAAUGCGAUCUUCCGAGAAGGUUUCUCUUCCGAGAAGAGUGCAAAUUGAAUUGGGCUCUGGAAUGCUACCUGGAAUGUCGUUCAAAAGUCAAGGUCAGUAACAAAGAAGAAGACAAUUAAUUAUAAUUAUCUAGGUGAUAAUUGAAAGCCUGUUUUCUUUUGAUGUUUACAUGGUUUAUCAUCAUUAAAGGAACAUUAUAGACUUUACAUGGAUUUAACAUGAAUAUGAAGCAAACAUUGUUUUUUUUUGACAGGGAUUUUUUCGAGAAAAAUACAGUUAAAUUAUGAAAUGGGUAUUAAAAAAUUAUUUUUAGAUACUUUGAAAAAGCUUUUUCACAUUGUUUAAUUCAAAACAUUUAUUUCUAUAUUGUCCAGUGAUCUAUCAUUUUUUAUGGAUUUUGUUGAAAAUCAGUCGGCUUAUUCUCUUCAUAAUCAUGACAUACCAUAUAUCGGUUUUUUUUUAGCAAGUGUCUAAUUUUCGCUAUUUUCGCGACCAGACUCGGUCGCGAUUUAUAAAAUAUCGCCAAAAUUGAUCACAUUUUACAGUAAGAGUUAGCUCCCCUGUAUGGGUGUUGUCAUGAACCGAUCACCUGUGUAAUUGACCGUGACUCGACUGAACUGUAUUCAAUAAAAAUGUACUCACAGUUGAUCAUAUUUUUGUCCUUGUAUAGAUCUAUUUGAAAUCAUAACGAGAGAGGCAUUGCCAAGUGAAACAUGGCCAUGCUACGAUUUGUAACCUUUACACGGAAGGACAAAGAAAGUCCGGUCAGGGACAGACCUGAGUUUGCUGAAGCAAACAAACUGUACUUGAACUGUUCUUCUUCGUGUUUGUUGUAUAUGAAACAUAUGUACGCUAAAAUUUGAAUUACAGGUGGUGAAAACGCUAAAAAUGAAAUAUGCUAAAAAUAAAACGUGUCAUUUCGUACAGAAAACGCGAAAUUUGGCAUACGCUAACAAAACCCGAUAUACGGUACAUGUAUAUAACUGUUUUUGUUUUCUUUGGCAUCGGGCAGGUGUACGGUAUAUUGUUCAGCAUUAUGGAAUUUUCAUGCUAAUGAAUGAGAAUUAAGUUUCUGUGGCAUUUUUAUUGGGAAAUCUUAAACAUCAAAGUGUAUAUAUGUAAAAUACAAUGGUAAGAAAUAUACACUAUAGAAUCAUCCACAACAGGCUUGUGAGGUUCUUACAUUUUAUCUACAAGAAUGUCUUCUCGAUUGGAAUAUUUAUGUGAUAAUGUAUUUAAUGUUUGUGGGUCUUACUCUAGCCCAGUCAUUUGACGACAUUUUCCUUUGAUAGACUUACAAUUGUUUAGACUGAAUUUAACUAUGGUAUUAUAUUGUAAAAGUUUGAAAACGAGUAAGAGUUGAUGUGAAAGGUUGUCUGAAAAUGGGAGUAAAUAUUAUAUGUCUAUUGAUAAUAAUAACAAUAUGAACAGAAUGUUGAUUUAGUGUAGAAUAGGAAUUAUAUACCAUAGAUAUAUUGUUGAUAUGUCUGGAUGUUCUUGCUGUUUGUAAUGUAUUAUACAUGUUGAAUAAAUAUACAGACUUG